UUUUCUUUAUUUCAAGCUCAUGCCCCAUGUCAAGAGUCAUCUAGGGAUGAUAUUAAUUACAAGGCAAAGUCUGGUUAUGUUCUGGUGAUAAACAACUAUAUCUUCCCCUGGAGGGAUGACGUUGAGCGUACUGGCUCCAAUGAUGACGUAAGGAAUCUGACAAGUCUCUUUAAUAACUUCAAUUUCCGACAUGUGGUAGAAGACAAUCAAACUGGAAGUCAAAUGAUAAAGUUACUGCAAACCACUGCAGAGAAAGACUUUUCAAGAUAUGACUGCUUUGUCUGUGCAAUCCUUAGCCAUGGAAAAAAAGAUGGGAUCUAUGGUACAGACGAAGAACUGAUUAAAAUUGAAGCAAUCACAUCUCUCUUCCGACGGAAUGAGUGCCCCUCACUGGAAGGAAAACCAAAAAUAUUUCUCUUCCAAGCUUGUCAUGGUUCUCGACGAGAUACAGUACCUGUCGAGAGUGACAGCGACCCCAUUCCACUUACAAGUUCAUCUUUGCCAGCAGAUGCUGACUUUCUCAUCUGUUUUGCUUCGGCUCCAGACCAUGAAAGCUACCGUCAGGCUCACCUUGGUUCAUGGUUCAUCUCGUCUGUUGUUGAUGUGUUCAAGGAAUAUGCAGAAAGAGAGCAUCUCAUGGAUAUGAUGUUGAGAGUUAACAACCGUGUUGCUGGAUUUUACAGUAAGGAGGGUCUCAAGCAAAUACCAUGCCAGGUCUGCAUGCUACGAAAGAAAGUGUUUUUUGAUCCAAAGUAUAGCUGAACAUGAAUUUUACCCUGACAAGGAAUUUAUCCUUCAAUGUCUUUUACAUGGCAUUUUCAUGCAGGAUUUUAAGUUAAGAUUGUCUGACUGGCAAUGGAUUGAACCCCAGUAGACGUUAUCUCUGGUAUAUUAUCUGUAGACAUUUAACAAUAUUAUUCCAUGAGUGCAUGUUGAUAUGAGAUAUGAGAUGUCGAGGAAUAAUGCUUGUUGGAUAAGAGAUAAUAAUUACCUCAUAUCCAACAAGCACAAGUGGAAUAAUACUUUUUAAAAAGUAUCUCCCAAAAUUAUGAAAACUAAAGUAGAAUAGAAGUAAAAAUGCCUAAAAAUUUUUGUGCACAUUCACCAUAUUUGUAGAGCAUGGUGUAAGAUAUUGUUCUUACACCAUGAUGGCAAAGCCAUCGAAAACCCUUGAAUCGCAUUAUCUAAUGAUCAUUUUUUUGUGAAAUUUCCUUGAGACUGGACUGGAAGUAGCUUGCACUUAACCAGGGCUGUCAUUAAGUUUUGAGUCACCUGUAGCCUCGCUCUCCACACCCAUAGCAAACUUGAUACUUUGUGGUUGAAUUCUGUCAACAACAAGCAAUUUCACCAGUAGUAUCAAGGGAAAAACAAGCAUACUCAGCCGUAACAGGUAUUACAGGUUACGGCCCUUAAUGACAGUCCUGUUAAGGCUAUCAUGGGGGAAUAACACAUCAUUAAAAACAACUUCAUUGUGUUGGCAUUAUUAAUUUUUGAAUAGUUUCCUUCAUAAGAACUUAAUUGCGAACUAGUUCAAGUCUAAUUGCAAGAACACCAGUAUGGUCUCUUAAAUUUGUAGCAUGGUACAUCUUGUGCAGAUGUACAUGUUUUGGAGUUGAGAUUUGCUUGAAAAUUGUAAAUAUAUUGAUCACCCAUAAUUACUAUCCGAUAAUAAUAAUAUCAGCCUAGUAAUAGAUUUUAUGUUAGUAAGAUUUCUCUCAGUUGCUAUUAUCAGUUAAGCCAUUGGGUUAGUAGCAGCCCACAUUGAACAUUUAACAAUUAUUCUUAGAGGGCUCAAGAUUUCUAACACAUGAUAGGCAUAGAAAUCGAGAGCAAACAAUCUAAUUGUUUUAGUAACAGCUGCACUCUGCUAGGCUACUCACUAUCUACAACAGAAUAGAUAGUGAGUAGCGUAGCCAAUAAGAGAACAUCAUUCAUUGUAGAAUUUUCCUAGUUUUGCAACAGCAAAAUUUAACAUUUAAGUGGUCUGAUGGGCCAGUACUAGUGGGGAAGUUGAUGAAAUUAAUUCAAACCCCGAAUUUGAUAUCUUUUACUGUGAACUGAGCUUGUAAAUUAUACUGAUUCUAACAGUGACAGUGCAUGAUUAUAAGAUAAUUUCUAGAUAAUUUAUUACAGGUUGAUUAGAAUCAGUUCAGCUGACAAUUCAACUUUUUCAAAAAGAAAGUCAGUCUGUAGUUUUAACAUAAUACUGCAGAACUUCAGUCUUAGACUGAAGAAUUGUAGAUACAUCUUGGUUAAAGAAGGAAGACUCUUCAUAUUAAAUAUUCUUCAGAUAUUCUCUUUGCUCUGUGGAAGUGAUUAUUUGUGUGAGAGCGAAUGCUGAUUGUUCACUCAAAACUUGAGUACAGUACCAGUAAUGUAACUGAAAUAAAUUGUGAUGUGCACAAACA